UGUAGCUCUGCGCAGAGUGAACGCACCCAUCUGACGUACUUUUAUCCACAGUGAGAGGAGGCUUCAGGAUCCACACCCGCCGAGCUUUCCUGCUUCUUCCUGAUCCCAAAACUCCACAGAAGUACUGUUUAAAGGUUUGUCUGCUCUAUUGACUGUAAUAAAAGAUGAGUUAUCCUGGUUAUCCUCCUCAGUCUGGUGGUUAUCCUCCUCAGGCCGGUGGAUACCCUCCACAGGCUGGUGGAUAUCCUCCUCAGCCAGGAAUGUAUCCUCCUCAAGCAGGAGGUUAUCCUCCUCAAGCAGGAAGUUAUCCUCCUCAAGCAGGAAGUUAUCCUCCUCAAGCAGGAGGUUAUCCCCCUCAAGCAGGAGGUUAUCCUCCUCAAGCAGGGGCAUACCCGGCACUACCUUCAGGUGGAUGGGGAGCUCCUGCUGCUCUGGGAAUGCCUGGAUUUAAUCCAAGCAACCUGCCUACAAUGGCAAAUGAGAUCUCCACUUCCUUGGGCGGAUUUACUCCAAAUCCAUCCAUGUUCUCUCAAGUACCUACUGGGGGUCCUGCACCCUUCCCUAACCAACAGCCCUUUGGCCUGUCCCCUCAGCCAGGAGGAGCCAUGCCCCAGGGACCGGGGAUGGGCUAUCCAGGAGGGCCAGCUCCGGGCCAGCCCAUGCCAGGUUACCCACAAGCCCCAUCACCCAAUCCAUCCAUGCCGGGCUACCCACAAGCCCCCGCAGCCAAUCCAUCCAUGCCAGGCUACCCACAAGCCCCAGCAGCCAAUCCAUCCAUGCCAGGCUACCCACAAGGUCCAUCACCGACUCCGUCCGUACCUAACUACCCAAAUGUGCCCAGUACUAAUCCAUCCAUGCCCACAUAUGGAGGAGGAGCUCCCAUGGUUCCUGCUGUUAAUCGUGGAUUCAGAGGAACCAUACCAGAUUUUCCUGGAGCAGACCCAUUAAAAGAUGCAGAGGUUCUUAGGAAGGCCAUGAAGGGCUUUGGUACUGAUGAGCAGGCUAUAAUUAAUCUUCUUGGAAGUCGUUCUAAUAAGCAGCGUGUGCCUCUGCUGGUCUCAUAUAAGACUGCCUAUGGGAAGGACUUAAUUAAGGAUUUGAAGUCUGAGCUGUCUGGGAACUUUGAGAAAUUGGUUUUGGCCAUGUUGAAGACUAAUUCUCAGUUUGAUGCAGCUGAGCUAAAAGAGGCCAUCAAGGGAGCAGGAACUGAUGAGGCCUGUCUGAUCGAGAUCCUGUCUUCUCGCACCAAUGCAGAGAUCAGAGAAAUCAAUCAAAUCUACAAAGCUGAAAACAAGAAAUCGCUGGAGGAUGCGAUUAGUGGAGAUACAUCAGGACACUUUCGCAGGCUGCUCAUCUCUCUUGCUCAGGGCAAUCGUGAUGAGAGAGAGACAGUGGAUAUAUCAUUAGCCAAACAAGAUGCUCAGACUCUCUAUCAGGCUGGGGAAAAUAAACUGGGCACAGACGAGUCCAAGUUUAACGCCAUCCUGUGUGCUCGAAGCAAACCUCACCUUAGAGCAGUGUUCCAGGAAUACCAGCAGAUGUGUGGCCGAGACAUUCAGAAGAGUAUUGAGAGAGAGAUGUCUGGAGAUCUGGAGAGUGGCAUGCUGGCUGUUGUGAAGUGCAUUAAGGACACACCAGCCUAUUUUGCUGAGAGACUCCACAAAGCCAUGAAGGGAAUGGGAACCAAAGACCGCACGCUGAUCCGCAUUAUGGUGUCUCGCUCAGAGAUAGACAUGUUGGACAUCCGCCAGGCAUACCUGAGGAUGUAUGGCAAGUCUCUCUACACGGACAUUUCUGGAGACACUUCUGGGGAUUACAAGAAAUUGCUGUUGAAGCUUUGUGGUGGAAGUGAUUAGGAAGAUGCAGCUUUUGUCACAUUAAAGAAGAUGAAAAUGUGUGCCAUACGGUGUUCGUACAAAAUAUAUUGUCAUACUCUGAAAAUGCUCUUAUCGACUAUUGCAUGUUGUUUCCAUAAUUAUGAAAUUGCACAGGUUGCGUAAUGUCAUGUACAACAUUUCUGUGCUGUAUUUGUUUUAAAUCUCUAUUUUAUAUAAAGUAGCCCAUAUUUUGUUCUUUAAUUGUGCCAUUAUGCGUAAUAUAUUAUACCAUAACAAAUAGUUGAAAUAAUAUCUAUAUCAAAAAGUGCUGUUAUUGAGUCUUUUUUAUUCUGGGAGGAUGACAACAAUUAUCUUUCCCUUUUUGAAUGAGAUGAUAGGGAUGCACUGAUCCCAUCUUUACAUUUUUGAUACAAUACCAAUGUCAAGGUACUGAUAUCUUGUACUGAUCCAAUACACCUACUCUGGGUAAAUCAGUGAUGCUUUGCAGGCUUUUAUUGCCCAGUCAUGCAAAACAUCACAGGUGUAAUGGCAGUAUGUCUUUAAUUUUUCAUGUCAGGCAACAUCACAUACUUUUAUAGCAGUAGACUGGAUAAGAAAACAUCUGAUCUGAAUCAAAUGGGUCAAAUCAAGUUCAAUCUGAUUCAAGAUCAGUGUUUCAAACCAAUAUCAGCUGUGAUGCCGACACUCCAUAUCUGAGAGGUGCAUCCCUAUUAAGUGAUUUGUAGAUAUUUAUACAUGAGCUUAAUACCAAAAAUUUAAAUUCUGUUGUUAGCCAUAUUCAGGAAUCAGGAAUUGCAGAAACAACACCAAUAAUUAGACAGGGUCAGUAGAAACAGCCUCUGAUGUGGCCUACAUUUCCUAAUUGCUUUAUGCUGUACUCUGGGAUACAAGUGUCCAUACAAUGGAAGUAAGUGAAUGUUUGAUCAUGGAUAAAAAAAAUUUUUUUAAAAGCUGGAAUGUGAUGUACUGCAUUUUGUGCUGAACAUUUUUAUUUGAUUGGUUCAUGUACUGGCUUUGUUAUACACGCAAACUGCACAUUUUUGGAAAAAUAAAAAAUCGAAAUCAAGUUUA